AUGUACUGCCAGAAAUGCCGGACUCCUUUGAAGCUGGACGGCUCUCUCGAGUCGCUCAAUCCAGCCGCUUUCGACCUGCUUACUGGCUCUACAGGUAGAACACUACCGGAAACGUCGUCCCGGUCUUCUUAUCCUCCAGAGAGACGAGAUCUCUAUGACCGAGCCUCUAAAAACGUUACCUCGCCGAUAUAUCGGAGAACAAUCCCGGCGCCUCGCCAUACGGUUGGCAGCCAAACCAACCCUCCUAAGUUGGGACGAGGGGAUAGCGGGAACAUGUCCUUCGUCAUGCUCACGGAGUCUCAGGUCGGGCCGCCACAUCCGUUGUCUAGUGCGAACGGCGACGGCGUCUCAUCGACAAGUGAACGGCCUUUCAAUUCCCAGAACAAUGAGCGAGGUGUGGAGGAUGGGUCAUUUGCAAAUCAAGUUGAACGCACGACUAGACUAUUCGAGAUUAUAUCGGCACGUUCCGAUAUCGACCACCCCAUCUGUACGGAAUGUACCGAGAUGCUCGUGGAUGGGCUACAGAAGCGACUUGUGAACGCCACAAAAGAGCGCGACGCCUACGUCUCCUUUUUGAAGAACCUCAACUCCUCCGUACCGACGGAUGAAGAGCUGGAAGCUGCCGAAAAGUCAUUGAAGGAAACCCAGGAAGCAGAGGAAGCCGCUUUUGCUGAACUCGUCGCAAUGGAACAGGAGAAAGCCACCUUGGACCAAGAGAUUGCUGAAUUAGAAGAGGAGUCAAGGCGCCUGGACUUGGAAGAGGAAAGUUUCUGGCGCGAUCGGAAUGCGUUUGCUCUGACGCUUAACGAAUUUCAAAACGAACGUGAUGCCCUGAAUAUGAGAUACGACCACGAUUCCCGUCAGCUCGAAAGACUACAGAGGACCAAUGUUUAUAAUGAUGCGUUUUGUAUCGGUCAUGAUGGCUACUUCGGGACUAUCAAUAACCUGCGGCUUGGUCGUCUGGCGAACCCGUCGGUGGACUGGCCUGAGAUAAAUGCUGCGUGGGGUCAGACAGCCCUUCUGCUUGCGACUAUUGCCGACAAAUUGGGGUUCAAGUUUCAAGGGUAUCAAAUCAAACCCAUGGGGUCCGUGUCCCGGAUCGAGAAGAUUGAGUAUCCUCAGCCAUCCCCAGCUCAGUCUGCGGUUGGCGGUGGAAAUGCAACUCCAUCAGCGGCGCCUAAAAUCACCGCCCUAGACUUGUUUUCCUCCGGCGACCUGCCCCUCAACAUCCCUUGGCUUCACCGCCGAUUUGAUGCAGGAAUGGUGGCAUUUCUGGAAUGUCUACGUCAACUGGGCGAGUUUGUGGAGAAUACGCCGUCGCCGGCCUCCUCUAAUCGCCGGGGUCACACCGGCAUUGCAGUCCCAGGGCUGAAGCUCCCGUACGAGAUCAAGCGGGAUAAAAUUGGCGACGCCAGUAUCAAACUCGGGUUCAACCAGAAUGACGAGACCUGGACCCGGGCUUGCAAGUACACCUUGACCUGUUGCAAGUUCUUGUUGGCGCAUGCCAGCAAUGUUGCCAGUUCUGGCUCUAGUAAUUCCGCUGCAGUCGCAGCGGCGGCUGUUGCAGCUGGUGAGCAGGCCAGACUGGCGACAGCCAGUCCUGCUAAGAAAUAG